AUGGUGGUGGAGCACCUUCGUAGCAUUGAACAAGACCCGGGCAACGAGGCACUAAAUGGAGUCUGUGUCGCCAAGUCAGUGGUCAAUCGUGGCCAGCCUGGGCCAGAACGCAUAUCUUGUGCUGGCGGUGCGAGAAAACCGGGUAUCAUCACAACGAGUGCCCAGACGGAAGUCCUGCAGAACAGAGCAGUCCCCGGGCUCGGAAGAGGCAGUCAAGAAGAAGUCCUACAGCGAGAAGGCAGAGCUUCAGGCAGUAGUUAG